GCUGGCGAUGCCCAGAGAAUAGUGUACAGGAGCUUGCGUCAUCUCGAGACACAUCUAGACACAUCCACCAGACACUUCUCCACCCCAGUCGGCCUGACCUGUUGCUUAGGGACACGUCCCACUGCUUUUCCUGACGUCUGCCUGAUCGACCAUCACUUCCUAGAGAGAACAAGGAGGAAGGCAGACGCAUGAAAUCAUGCCACCAAUGGCCGGAUGGCAGUGAGUGGGUGACGCCGAGUUGACGUCAAAGACGGAGAAGACGAACCCAAGAACAGCUCGCUCUUGAGACUCCCCGAGGCCCCAGCCCCCAGCUCUUCCUCUCAGCUCGGCGUGAAGCCUGGCUCCUCCUGGUGAAAUCAGCUUGGCCUGACAUAUUUUAAGUCUUCGGACCCCUGGACACUAGACACCAUGGAGAAUCAGGUGUUCAAUGUUCAGCAGAUCCAACCCAACGUCAUUUCUGUCCGCCUCUUCAAGCGCAAGGUUGGGGGCCUGGGCUUCCUGGUGAAGGAGCGGGUGAGCAAGCCACCCGUGAUCAUCUCCGACCUGAUCCGAGGGGGUGCCGCGGAGCAGAGCGGCCUUAUCCAGGCCGGCGACAUCAUCCUCGCGGUCAACGGCCAGCCCUUGGUGGACCUGAGCUAUGACAGUGCCCUGGAGGUGCUCAGGGGCAUUGCCUCUGAGACCCACGUGGUCCUCAUUCUGAGGGGCCCUGAGGGCUUCACCACUCACCUGGAGACCACCUUCACUGGGGAUGGGACCCCCAAGACCAUCCGGGUGACACGGCCCCUGGGUCCCCCCACCGCAGCUGUCGAUCUGUCUCACCAGUCAUCGGCCAGCAAAGAGCACACACCGCCAGUGGACGGGGCCCUGGGGCCUGGCAAUGGGCCCCAGCAUGCCCAAGACAGUGGGCAGGGAGCCAGCGCACUCUCGAAUACCAACAGCCUGGCUCGCAGACCCCCUGGCCAGGACCCUACCAAGAAAAGCACCGGGGUGGCUCUCCAGGACAGCCAGAACAGUGAAUUGCUCAAAGAGAUAGAGCCUGUGCUGAGCCUUCUUACCAGUGGGAGCAAAGGGAUCAAUGGAGGGGGACCUUCCAAGGCAGAGACAAAGGAUGCAGAAGUCCAGGUAGACAGAGGUGUGGACGGCAAGUCACACAAACCACUGCCCCUCAGCGUGGAGAAUGACCGAGUCUUCAGUGACCUGUGGGGGAAGGGCAAUGUGCCCGUCAUCCUCAACAACCCGUAUUCAGAGAAGGAGCAGCCCCCUGCCUCGGGAAAACAGUCUCCCACAAAGAAUGGCAGCCCCUCCAAGUGCCCCCGCUUCCUCAAGGUCAAGAACUGGGAGACCGACGUUGUCCUCACUGACACCCUUCACCUUAAGAGCACCCUGGAAACGGGAUGCACUGAGCACGUCUGUAUGAGCUCCAUUAUGCUCCCUUCUCAGCAAAUACGAAGGCCUGAAGAUGUCCGCACAAAAGAACAGCUCUUCCCUCUCGCCAAAGAGUUCAUUGAUCAGUACUACUCAUCAAUUAAAAGAUUUGGCUCCAAAGCCCACACAGAGAGGCUGGAAGAGGUGAACAAAGAGAUCGAAACCAACGGCACCUACCAGCUCAAAGACACGGAGCUCAUCUAUGGGGCGAAGCACGCCUGGCGGAAUGCAUCCCGCUGCGUUGGCAGGAUCCAGUGGUCCAAGCUGCAGGUGUUCGAUGCCCGCGACUGCACCACGGCUCACGGGAUGUUCAACUACAUCUGCAACCACAUCAAGUAUGCCACCAACAAAGGGAACCUCAGGUGAGCCUGCCAGC